CCUGUUGCCAUUCAUGCAACAGAAUAAACCAUGGGUUUCCUGCGGGUAAAUCGGCCUCGUGUUCCACUAAACAGGCCAAGAUUUCACAUCACAUCAGUUACAGCUGCGUUUGUUAAAGUGCUCUAGAAAUGAAAUCGCGUUGAACUUUCCCACAUCCACGGUGGCGGCCGUCGACGGCGUAUACCUUUCCAAAAUGGCACGUUGACACGUUUACUUCCGUGUGCGUCACGAGUGACGUGGUCGUCACGAUGCCGCUGGCUGAAGUUGAAGAGAAGUUUUGACAAGCUGGUCAAAGCUCGCUGGAGGCGGAUUCGAAACCAGCGUGUAACUUUUACGAAAAAAGUAUUCAGGGCAGCCAUUUCCUGUGGGGAAAAGAUGGAAUCGGUCGCUCAGAAAGUGCUAUCUUCAAAAUUUACUCUCGACUUGGGUCCCCUCAAAGAGCCUUUGGCGUUUAUCCGGUUGCUCGAAUGGGUGUUCACAAUAUUUGCCUUUGCCACAACUGGAGGCUACAGCGGUACUACCAGCAUCAAUGUCCAGUGCCCUGGCAGCCAGAUCCAAGAAAUCCAUGCAGACUUCAACUACCCAUUUAGGUUAAUGGCGCAUCCAUAUGAGGUUCCUACCUGUGUUGCCAAUGACACCAAGCCAGUGGUGUAUUACCUGACUGGAGACUACGCAUCGUCGGCGCAAUUUUACGUCUGCAUUGGAGUGUUGGCAUUUCUUUACAGCACUGCCUCCCUUGUUGUCUAUUUGGGCUUCCAGCAUCUGUACAGAGGAUCCACCCGUUGCCCACUUGUGGACCUGCUGGUGACUGCAGCCUUUGCAUUUAUGUGGCUGGCUUCCUCCUCCGCUUGGGCCAAAGGCUUAUCUGACGUGAAGUGGGCGACCAGUCCAUCAACCAUUCUUACUUUUCUCAGCGUGUGCAAGGAGCCCAACAAGUGUACAGCUGGCGCAACCCCUCACAUGGGUCGACUAAAUGCCUCGGUGAUUUUUGGCUUCCUUAACUUCAUCUUGUGGGUUGGCAAUUGCUGGUUCAUUUACAAGGAAACUCCUUUCCACAAGUCAGCCGAGCCGCCUGCUGCAGAUGCGGAGGGUGGUGCCCGACCAUCGUAACUCUUCUAGCUCCCUUAUCCCGUAAUCGUCUUAGCGGCAUGUGUGUUUGUUUUGGAGCUACAAAGUGUUGAAGAACAGCUGCAGAUUAGAAGCUUCAAGCUAUGUGUUUUACUCUGCAGGCAGGUUAGAGUGCCCCAUACCCAUUUAGUGCCUUUAACCAAUUAUUUUUUUUUUUCCCCUCUGACUCCUCGUCAUGAUGACCAAACUUUGGCGCCAUGGUCUACUCAAAUUAGAUGGCGUAGACAAAGAAAAUCUUCUGAAUGUAGUCGUGCCCAUUUGUCUAGGAUACCUGCUUCCAAUUUGGGCUCAUUCUGGCUUUUUUUUUUAAUUAGAAUUCAUUCACAUAGGCUACUUGAAACCAAAAUGUCUGACUUUCUGUUCGGCUUUGCGCAUGGGUCCUUGAGACUUUUUCAUGCAUCCAGUUAUGAUAGUCAUGCCCACCUAAUUUCGUGUCCAUUGGUUAAGCUGGUGAUGGGGGCUCAUUUUUUUUCUAACUUUCCAGGCGGACACUACUGAGUGAGUUUGUAUCAUGUGGUGGAAAUACAGCCUUUAAGUGACUGCACUAGUUUCAGGAUUAAUGCAAACCUUUGAAAUUAUUUUACUCCCCUGUAGAUGAUUAGUUUGUAUAUUUAAAAAUAUAUAUUUAAAACCCAGCAGCUAAAAUAACUGUGGCUCUCAUUUCAUAUGCUUGUGCAGAUGUGGACUCUAAUAAUAAUAAUCAGAGUAAUAAUAAUUAUAAUAUUAAUAGUAAUAAUAUUGGUGCUGCACUUUAAUUGCUCUUAUUGGAUUGCAAAAAGCAGUUCUUUAAGAAUUGUACUUCUCAGUUAAAUUUUUGAGUGAAAGAUUUAAAAAACUGUCAUUCGGUUGCCAAAAUUAGUUUAUUUAAAAAGUGAAUGAUUUUUUAUUUCAUUUAUUUUUUUGUUUUUUAUUAUUAUUUUUUAAAUUGCAUUCUCCCACCUGUUGACCUGCGUCACAUCACUUGGCUAAACGCACAAUUCUUGUCAAAUUGUGGGACUUGGAUUUGAUUACACAUUAAACUGUUUCAUGAUUUUCUCUAUCUUGAGUAUUAUUGAUUUGAAAAGACAUCAUGAUGAAGGUCCAAUAGUAUUUCAGUGACUAAAGCAAUUCAUUUUUGGACUAAUUAAAAUCUGCUGUGUUACAAAAUGGACUGCUUUUUACAAAAUCUACAAUGCAAUGCAUGUUUUGCCAUCAGGCUUUGUACAUCCACAACAAAAUUGUCAUUUGUUGUAAAAAUACACUUAUUCAAUAAAGCCUAAUGGUGUC